CCACCCCGGGGCGAGGCCGCCUGUCUUCCCCCGGCGUAAUUUUUCUUUUUUCCUGUUUUAUUAUUUUAAUUUUAACCCCCCGCUCCUCUUCUCGGAGGGGUCGCCGAUCGGCCUCCUCCGGCUACCAACCUCUUCGCUUCUUUUCCCCACCCUCGCGGAGGCGAAGAGGGAGUCCCCGCCGCGCCCGAGUUUUUUUUCUCCCUCGCUUUCCGCGCCCCGCAUAGCCCGUGGGUCCGCGGGAGCAGAGACGGGCGGCCCCCUCCCUGCCCGGCGCCAGCUCUCGCAACCAUCCUCGGCCGCCCGAGAGGGGGGAAGGUAGGCAGAGGGGGGGGGGGGGGGGAGGGGCCGGCUUCUUCCUCCUCCUCCUCCUGCCGCUGCUGUGGGAUCGGCCCCUCUGCCUGCGCCCAAGCGGGGGGGCAGCCAGCUACUGAGAGCGAGAGAAAGAGGAAGGGGAAAGAAGAGAAGAAGAGGGGGGGAAGGCAGAGAGGGUGUUGAAACCCGCCCCCCACCUUCCCAUCCCGCGAUCGGUGCUGCCUCCAUCAGGACAACAACCCCUCCUCCUUCCCUGCACAACAAGAUGUGAAGCGGAGACUCCUGGGACUUAUCCUCACCCUCCUCAUCCUUACAGCUCCCCUUUCUGCAGCCAUUAGCGCCGGGCGAGGAAGAAGCGAGUGGAGCUGGGGACCCCGCGCACGCCUUGCGUCUCUCCCCGCCGCCUCCCUGCCAGCCCCGUCGCUGGCGGUGGGUAUUUUUUUGCAGGGUGGUGUUGGAGGGGGAAGGAGCCGCUGCUGCUAGAGGACGGUGAUAUUUUUUUCUUUUUUCCUCCUCCUCUCCCCUCCUUCGCCCGCCUCCUUGUGGCGAUGAGGAGGAGGAGGACGGCGCCGAGGAGGAAGAGGCUGAUGGCGGCGGUGAGGAGGCAGCAGGAGGAGGAGACCCCCCGAAGGAUGAAGAUGAUGAUGGUGGCGGCGGCGGCGAGGAAGCACCAGCAGCACAACAGCCGGGAUUAAUUUCACUGAAAAAAAAAAAAUCCACCGCAAAACGACCCAACCCCACCAGCCUCUUUUUUUUUUUUUAAAUUCCUUUUUAUUUUUUAUCUUUUUGGCGGGGGCUUUACCUGCUCUUCCCAUCUCCGCUCAGCCCUUUCGCCCCGGGGGAAGAGGCCUUUUCUCCCCCUCCCCGGCUCCCACCUUCUCCCUGCUUCUGCGCUGCCGCCCUCCCGGAGCCCGAGGGGCAGAAAAAGGGGAACUUGGCCCCUCUUCGCCGCCGCCGGAUCCUCUUCGCUCGCUCUCGGCCUUAUUGUUGUUCUUCAGCCGACUACUCGGGGUCCGAGAAGAAGGUGAAGGUUUUGGGGUUCAACCCGCACCCCCCCACUCUGCCGCCGUCUCUCCGCUCUGAGUGAUUGUCUAAAAAAGAAUUAAAAAUGGCCGAGAAUGUGGUGGAGCCGGGCCCGCCUUCAGCCAAGCGGCCUAAACUCUCCUCACCGGCGCUCUCCGUGUCCGCCAGCGACGGCACAGAUUUUGGAUCUCUCUUUGAUCUCGAACAUGACUUGCCAGAUGAACUGAUCAACUCCACAGAACUGGGACUCACCAAUGGUGGUGACAUUAAUCAGCUGCAGACCAGCCUUGGCCUGGCACAAGAUGCUGCCUCUAAACACAAGCAGUUGUCUGAACUUUUACGGGCUGGUAGCUCCCCAAAUCUUAAUAUGGGGGUUGGUGGCCCUGGCCAGGGCAUGGCCAGUCAAACCCAACAAAAUAGUCCUGGAAUGGGAAUGUUAAACAGCAUGGUGAAAAGCCCCAUGGCACAGGCUGGAUUGACUUCUCCCAAUAUGGCAAUGGGUGCAAGUGGACCAAACCAGGGUCCUUCAGCCCAAUCCACAGCAGGAAUGAUGCCAACAGUAAACAGCCCAGUUAACCAGCCUGGCAUGGGAAUGAACACAGGGAUGAAUGCUGGCAUGAAUCCUGGGAUGUUGGCAGCAGGCAACGGACAGGGGAUGAUGCAGGGGCAAGUCAUGAACGGUUCGAUUGGAGCAGGCAGAGCGCGACCUAAUAUGCAGUACCCAAACCCAGGAAUGGGUAGUGCUGGUAACUUGUUGGCUGAGACACUGCAACAAGGCUCUCCACAGAUGGGAGGACAGGCUGGACUGAGAGGGCCACAGCCUGGAGCCAUGAACAAGAUUGGAAUGAUGAGCAAUCCGAGCCCUUACAGCCAGCCAUAUAGUCAGAAUACUGGGCAGCAGAUUGGAGCCAGUGGACUUGGGCCUCAGAUGCAGAAUAAAGCUGGAUUGCAGAAUAGCUUACCACAGUUUUCAAUGGACAAGAAGCCAGUUCCUGGGGCAGGAAUGCCUAACAUGGGCCAGCAGCAGGCUCCCCAGGUUCAGCAAGCUGGGAUGGGGCCUGCAGCUUCUCAAGGAAUGGGGUCUGGAGCACCAACAGCAGAUCCAGAAAAACGCAAACUCAUUCAGCAGCAACUCGUUCUCCUCUUACACGCUCACAAGUGUCAGCGACGAGAACAGGCCAAUGGAGAGGUGCGACAGUGCAACCUCCCUCACUGCCGAACCAUGAAGAAUGUCCUGAACCACAUGACACAUUGUCAGGCUGGCAAAUCUUGCCAGGUGGCACAUUGCGCGUCUUCCCGACAAAUCAUCUCCCACUGGAAAAAUUGUACGAGACAUGACUGUCCCGUAUGUUUGCCUCUGAAAAAUGCUGGGGACAAAAGAAAUCAACAAUCGCUGCUGGGUGGACCUGCAGUAGGACUUGCAAACACUGGCUCCGUGGGCGUGGGGCAGCAGUCGGCUCCCAGCAUAAACACUACCAGUCAGAUAGACCCCAGCUCCAUCGAGAGGGCCUACGCAGCCCUUGGACUGACCUAUCAAGGGAACCAGAUGCAGACACAGCCCCAGGCUCAAGUGAAGAGUCAGCAACAAGGACAGUCACCCCAGGGUCUGCGCCCUAUGAAUCCUAUGAGUGCAAAUCCAAUGGGAGUAAAUGGAGGAGUAGGGGUUCAAACCCCUAAUCUGCUGCCUGACUCAAUGCUGCAUUCAACCAUGAAUUCUCAGAACCCCAUGAUGAGUGAGAGCGCCAAUGUUGCCAGUUUGGGAGCCCUGCCAACAGCUCAACCAUCCAAUACUGGAAUUCGAAAGCAGUGGCAUGAAGACAUUACUCAGGAUCUCCGAAACCACCUUGUUCAUAAAUUAGUCCAAGCCAUAUUUCCUACUCCUGACCCUGCAGCAUUGAAGGAUCGUCGUAUGGAGAAUCUGGUGGCAUAUGCUCGGAAAGUGGAAGGGGAUAUGUAUGAAUCAGCAAACAGCAGGGGAGAGUACUAUCACUUGCUAGCGGAGAAGAUCUAUAAGAUUCAGAAGGAGUUGGAGGAGAAACGGAGAACCAGGCUGCAGAAGCAAAACAUGAUCCCAAGUGCUCCAGGCAUGCCACAGGCUCCCAUGAAUCAAGGCCCCAACAUGGGACAGCCACAGCCAGGGAUGUCUGCAAAUGGUCCUCUUCCUGACCCAACCCUGAUACGUGCCAAUGUGCCAAACCAGAUGAUGAAUCGCAUGCAGGCACAGCCAGGAAUGAAUCAGUUUGGCCAGAUGAACAUGCAGCUGUCCCCGAUGGGACCCCGGCAAACCCCUCCUCUUCAGCACCCUGGACAGCUAAGCCAGGCUGGGGCCAUGAACCAGCAGAUGGGAUUUCCUUCACGUAUGCAGCAACCAGGAGUUGGCCAGCCUUCUGGUCAGAAUCAAUUUCUACAACAGACCCAGUUUCCUGCUUCUGCACCAGGAAUGAACCCAGCAAGCAUGCCUAUGAGUCAGCCUGGCAAUCAGACACCAGUUUCUCAAGCACAAAUGACCAGCGCUUCCUGUCCUGUGAAUUCGCCUGCAAUGGCUCCAGGUUCUCAAGGGAGCCAUAUUCACUGCCCACCUCUCCCACAGCCUCCCAUGCACCGAAAUUCUCCUUCUCCAGUACCUAGCCGAACCCCAACACCUCACCACACGCCCCCAGGCUUGGGAUCACAGCAACAGCAGGCAGCAGCUGCAGCCUCUGCAGCCCCCACACCUACUCCUCAGGCAAUGCCACCUGGACCACAGUCACAAACUAUGCACCCCCCUCAAAGGCAGACUCCAACACCUCCACAGGCGCAGCUGCCUCCACAGGUCCAGCCUCCAGUUCCAGUUACCCCUUCUGCAGAGCAACAGCAGCAACCUUUGUCACAGCAGAGCACAACUGCAUCUGUUCCCACACCAACAGCACCGCUGCAGCCUCAGCACCCCACAACACCUCUUUCACAGCCAGCUGUAAGCAUUGAUGGGCAGGUAUCCAACCCCCCAUCCACCAGCAGCACAGAGGUGAACUCUCAGCAGACUGUUCCAGAGCAGCAGCAGCCACCUUUGCAGGAAGUAAAAAUGGAGAGUAAAACAGAUGAAGGAGAACCAGAACAAACAGAGGUGCAAAGUGAUGAGAAAACUGAGGUUAAAGUGCAACCAGUUGUGGAGGAAUGUAAACCAGAACCAAUGGAACAAGAGGAGAAGAAACCAGAAGUAAAGACUGAAGUACCAGAGGGAGAAGAAAGACCUGCUACUCCAGCUACUCAGUCUUCUCCCGCAGCUGGGCAGUGUAAGAAAAAAAUUUUCAAGCCAGAAGAGCUGCGGCAGGCGCUUAUGCCAACACUGGAGGCACUUUACCGUCAGGAUCCAGAGUCUCUGCCAUUUCGACAGCCUGUGGAUCCCCAACUACUGGGAAUUCCUGAUUAUUUUGACAUAGUGAAAAACCCCAUGGACCUUUCUACUAUCAAGAGGAAGUUAGACACGGGACAGUAUCAGGAACCGUGGCAAUAUGUUGAUGACAUCUGGCUCAUGUUCAAUAACGCCUGGCUGUAUAACCGCAAAACAUCCCGGGUAUACAAGUACUGUUCCAAACUGGCAGAGGUGUUUGAGCAAGAAAUUGACCCAGUUAUGCAGAGCCUUGGUUAUUGCUGUGGAAGAAAGUUGGAGUUCUCGCCACAGACUCUGUGCUGCUAUGGCAAACAGCUAUGCACAAUCCCUCGAGAUGCCACUUACUACAGUUACCAGAACAGGUAUCAUUUCUGUGAGAAGUGCUUCAACGAAAUCCAAGGGGAGAGCGUUUCUCUGGGAGAUGACCCAUCACAACCUCAAACCACAAUAAACAAAGAGCAGUUUUCAAAAAGGAAAAACGAUACACUGGACCCUGAACUAUUUGUUGAAUGUAUAGAGUGUGGAAGAAAAAUGCACCAGAUCUGUGUUCUUCAUAAUGAGAUAAUCUGGCCUUCUGGCUUUGUCUGUGAUGGCUGCCUAAAGAAAACGGGACGAACCAGAAAAGAGAACAAAUUCUCUGCUAAAAGGUUACCAGCUACAAGACUUGGUACCUUCUUGGAGAACAGAGUCAACGAUUUCUUAAGACGACAGAAUCACCCUGAGGCAGGAGAGGUUACGGUUAGGGUGGUACAUGCAUCUGACAAAACUGUUGAAGUAAAACCAGGAAUGAAAGCAAGGUUUGUCGACAGUGGGGAGAUGGCAGAGUCUUUCCCUUAUCGAACAAAAGCACUUUUUGCCUUUGAGGAGAUAGAUGGUGUAGAUUUGUGCUUCUUUGGGAUGCAUGUACAGGAGUAUGGCUCAGACUGUCCUCCACCCAAUCAAAGGCGAGUGUAUAUAUCUUACCUUGACAGUGUUCAUUUCUUCCGCCCAAAAUGCUUGAGGACUGCUGUCUAUCAUGAAAUACUGAUUGGAUAUCUAGAAUAUGUCAAGAAACUAGGGUAUACUACUGGACAUAUCUGGGCAUGCCCACCUAGUGAAGGAGAUGACUACAUCUUCCAUUGCCAUCCACCUGACCAAAAGAUACCCAAACCCAAACGACUGCAAGAGUGGUACAAAAAGAUGCUGGACAAAUCUGUAUCAGAGCGCAUUGUCCAUGACUACAAGGAUAUAUUUAAGCAGGCAACAGAAGAUCGUCUAACAAGUGCAAAAGAGCUCCCUUACUUUGAAGGGGAUUUCUGGCCUAAUGUUCUAGAGGAGAGCAUUAAGGAACUAGAGCAAGAGGAAGAAGAACGGAAGAGAGAAGAAAACACUAGUAAUGAAAGCACUGAUGUGAGCAAGGGAGACAGCAAAAAUGCCAAAAAGAAGAACAAUAAGAAGACAAGUAAGAACAAGAGCAGCUUGAGUCGUGGCAAUAAGAAAAAGCCUGGUAUGCCCAAUGUGUCCAACGACCUCUCCCAAAAGCUGUAUGCCACUAUGGAGAAGCACAAGGAGGUCUUCUUUGUCAUCCGUCUCAUUGCUGGCCCUGCAGCCAAUUCCCUGCCCCCCAUCGUUGAGCCUGACCCACUUAUCCCCUGUGACCUGAUGGAUGGGCGUGAUGCUUUCCUAACGCUUGCUAGAGACAAGCACCUGGAAUUCUCAUCACUACGAAGGGCUCAGUGGUCAACCAUGUGCAUGCUGGUGGAACUGCAUACCCAAAGCCAAGACCGCUUUGUUUACACCUGCAACGAGUGCAAGCAUCACGUGGAGACCAGAUGGCACUGCACUGUUUGUGAGGAUUAUGACCUGUGCAUCACCUGCUAUAACACUAAAAACCAUGACCACAAGAUGGAAAAAUUAGGCCUCGGUCUGGAUGACGAGAGCAACAACCAGCAGACAGCAACGACCCAGAGCCCCGGUGACUCCCGCCGCCUGAGCAUCCAGCGCUGCAUCCAGUCCCUGGUCCACGCCUGCCAGUGCCGGAACGCCAACUGCUCGCUGCCGUCCUGCCAGAAGAUGAAACGGGUUGUCCAACACACCAAAGGCUGCAAACGCAAAACCAACGGAGGGUGCCCCAUCUGCAAACAACUCAUCGCUCUCUGCUGCUACCACGCCAAGCACUGCCAGGAGAACAAAUGCCCCGUGCCCUUCUGCCUCAACAUUAAACACAAGCUGCGUCAACAGCAGCUACAGCACCGCCUGCAACAGGCGCAGAUGCUCCGAAGGAGGAUGGCGAGUAUGCAGCGGACAGGGGUGGUAGGCCAGCAGCAGGGGUUGCCCUCGCCCACGCCGGCCACCCCGACGACUCCAACGGGUCAGCAGCCCCCAACGCCACAAACCCCGCAGCCCCAGCCUCCACCCCAGCCUGCCACGCAGCCCCAGCCUGCACCUCCCAACAGUAUGCCGCCCUACACCAUGCCACGAACUCAGCCCCCCGGCGCCGUGUCCCAGGGCAAGGCGGGUGGCCAGGUGACGCCUCCCACUCCACCCCAGCCGCCUCAGCCGCCGGUGCAGGGGCCUCCUCCGGCAGCGGUGGAAAUGGCCAUGCAGAUCCAGCGGGCAGCAGAGACACAGCGUCAAAUGGCACAGGUUCAGAUCUUCCAAAGGCCCAUUCAGCACCCGAUGCCCCAGAUGCCACCUAUGGGAAUGAACCCUCCGCAGUUAGGCAGAGGUCCCGGUGGUCACAUAGAUCAAGGAAUGGGACCGGCGGGAAUCCAGCAGCAGCCACCAUGGGUGCAGGGGGGCUUGCCUCAAGCUCAGCUGCAGCCAGGAAUGCAGAGGCCAUCUAUGAUGUCUGUAGCCCAGCCGGGUCAGCCAAUGAAUAUGGCACCUCAGCCAGGGAUGGGUCAGGUACCUGGCGCUGCUCAGCCCAAACAGCCAGCUCCUCCCCAGGCGGCCUUACAAAACCUCCUGCGGACUCUCAGGUCUCCCAGCUCACCCAUGCAGCAGCAGCAGGUGCUUAACAUCCUCCACUCCAAUCCCCAGCUGCUGGCCGCUUUCAUCAAGCAGCGGGCUGCCAAGUACGCAGGGUCCCAGAACCCACAGGGGAUGGCGGGUCAGCCCGGCCUCCCCCAGGGCCAGCCAGGGCUCCAGGCACAGCAGGCCAUGCAAGGGCAGCAAGGAGGGGUGCACCCCAACCCAGCCAUGCAGAACAUGAACCCCAUGCAAGCGGGAGUGCAGAGGCCCAGCAUGCCACAGCAGCAGCCGCAGCAACAGCCGCAGCAGGCCAUGGCUGGGAUGAAUCCUCAGGCGCAGCAGAUGAAUAUGAAUCACUCGGGGAUGACUCCCCAGUUCCGAGACCUCCUGAUGAGACGGCACCAGAUGAUGGAGCAGCAACGCCACCAGCAGCAACAGCAGCAGCAGGGAGCAGGGCCAGCGCUGGGGCCGGGGAUGGCCAACCACACCCAGUUUCAGCAGCCCCAGGGCGUCGGGUAUCCCCAACAGCAGCAGCAGCAACAGCAGCAGCAGCGAAUGCAGCAUCACAUGCAGCAGAUGCAGCAAGGAAACAUGGGACAGAUAAGCCAGCUUCCGCAGGCGAUGAGCGCGGAGACGGGAGCCAGUUUGCAGCAGGCCUUCCAGCAGAGGCUACUUCAGCAGCAGAUGGGGUCCCCGGCUCAGCCCAACCCUAUGAGCCCCCAACAGCACAUGCUCCCCAACCAGGCCCAGUCCCCGCACCUCCAGGGCCAGCAGCUCCCUUCAUCGCUCACCAACCAGGUGCGUUCUCCGCAGCCCGUCCCCUCGCCGCGGCCCCAGUCCCAGCCUCCCCAUUCCAGCCCAUCCCCUCGGAUGCAACCGCAGCCUUCUCCACACCACGUGUCCCCGCAGACCAGCUCCCCGCAUCCAGGACUGGUGGCCGCCCAGGCUAACCCCAUGGAUCAGGGGCACUUUGCCAGCCCGGACCAGAGUGCAAUGCUUUCCCAGCUCGCUAGCAAUCCUGGCAUGGCAGGCCUCCAUGGUACAAGCGCCACGGAACUGGGGCUCAGCUCCGAGAACUCGGACUUGAAUUCAAACCUUUCACAGAGUACACUAGACAUACACUAGACACAUUGUAGCAUUUUGGGAGCAAAAAAACAAAACAAAACAAAAAAAAGUUUAAAAAAAAAAUAAAAGAAAAGAAAAAAAACUUAUUUUCUCAAGACUUUUUGUACUGAAGACAAAUUUUUUUGAAUCUUUCUUAGCUAAAACAACAUUUUUCCCUGGAACACAUCUGAACUCUGCAGCGGUAGUUUGUGGUUUUAAAAACAAACCGACGGCGAACCUGAGGGACAGUAGAGUACAAAGAAUAUAUUUUUGUUAUGGCUGGAAUAAUAACCAGUCCUUUUUCUUGGUUGUUUUUUUUUUGUUGUUGUUGUUUUGGGGGUUUUAUUUUUUUCCCUUGUGUGCAUUGGGGAGGUGGGAGGGAAAGAGGGUGGUCUCUUGGCUGUUCACCAAAGGAUGCCCUCCUCGUGCCUCCAAUAGGUUUUAUUUUUUUUUCUUUUUAAAUUAAUGAAAAUAUGUAAUAUUGAUAGUUAUUAUUUACUGAGGCAGAUGGCAACCAUUUUCCCUAUUCUGUUUUUUUUUUUCUCAUGUCACUGCAAAAAAAAACAAACCGACAACCAAAUGAAACAACUGGACACAACAAAAAAAACCAACAAAACAAAAACCAACCCACGGGAGAAGCUUUUCCUAAAACCGGAGGACAAAAGGGGUUAAUGUUGCUUUAAGAAUACCUUACAUAUAUAAAUAUAUAUAUAUAAAAAAAUAAAUACCAAUCUUUUUUUUUUUCCUCUUCGGUUGGAAAUAUGUCAAUUCUUUGGGAAAAAAAACCAUGUAAAAAAAAAAAGUAUUAAAUAACUCAGUCCCCCACCUGAGGUCUACUUUUGUCCUCCCGAGAAUUUUCUAUACGAAGAGCCUGAGCUUAAAAAAAAUAAUAAACUUCCAAGUAUUAAAAUAAUUUGUACAUGUAGAGAGAGAAGACAAACCUUUUUUUUUGUUUUUGCAAAUACACAGGGGCAGCUGCCAAAUGGAUGUAGUAUAUAUAUUGUGGUUUCUGUUUUCUUGAAAGAAUUUUUUUCGUUAUUUUUACAUCUAACAAAGGAAAGAAAAAAAAAAAUAAAGAGGGUAAGAAACAAUUCCAAAGGGAUGAUUUUAACCUGAGAGAAGAAGAAAAAAAAAAGUCCCUGGGGUUUCUUCUUUAUGCUUGCUUUCUCUCUUCCCCGUCCCCUCUCCCCCCACCCUCUUCCACUUUCUGUAAAACUUGAAAAUAGAAAGCAAAAAAAACAAACCCUCAAAUGUUGUAAAUCAUGCAAUUAAAGUUGAUUACUUAUAAAUAUGAACUUUCGAUCACUGUAUAGACUGUUAAAAAUUGAUUUCUUAUUACCUAUUGUUAAAUAAACUGUGUGAGACAGA